UAUUAUCAACCACCGCAUGUGAGUCGAGUGCAUGCAGUGAAAAUAACUCGAACGAUGUCAUCCGCAGGAAAGCGGGACUUUGGAUCAUUUCAUUCAUCUAAUGUCGAAGAGCUGAUAGCACUUGCACAGGACGAUUAUGUGCCACCAAAGCUACCAACCGAUCUACCAAAUUUUGCCGACUACAAAGCAGACCCAAGCAGCAUUGCAGCAUUUGGUCAGGAGAUGAAGAACAGACAUUUCCUCUUGGAGGAAGAAUGCACUUUCCUUAACCACGGUGCCUUCGGUGCCGUUCUUAAGGAUGCCUUGACGGCAGCUCAACGAUGGCAGACUUACAUCGAGAGACAACCUCUGAGGUUCUUUGACCGAGAAUCUCUCCCACAGCUUGUGUAUGUUGUCCGUAGACUCUCCAAGUUUGUCGGAUGUGACCCAACAGGGCUUGUUUUGGUUCCCAAUGUUACAACAGCCAUGAACUGUGUAAUGAAGAGUUUGAACUUCAAAAAGGGCGAUGUUAUUUAUUGUCUCAGUGUCACUUAUGGUGCCGUUAAGAAGCUUUUAAGACACACUGCAGAGACAACAAGUGCAGUUAUACAGGAAGAAACAAUCACAUUCCCACUGGCUUCUAAAGAGCAGAUAGUGGAAACUGUCAGGAAGAGCCUGAAACCUGGUACACGAUUGGCUGUGUUUGAUCAUGUGCCUAGCAACACUGCUUACAUUCAGCCAAUCAAAGAACUCAUAGACAUCUGCCAUGAAAGGGGUGUACCUGUACUGAUCGACGGAGCACACGCCCUGGGCACCUUACCCCUAGCCCUAGAUUCCUUGGGUGCUGACUUCUACACCUCCAACGCCCACAAAUGGUUGUGCUGCCCCAAGGGGUGCGCCUUCUUGCACGUGAAGAGGGAGUGGAGGGGUGCCAUCAGACCCCUCGUGGUAUCCCAUGGGUGGGGUAGUGGGUUCAGCUCCGAGUUCAUGUGGUCAGGCCUUCGUGACUACAGCCCCUUCCUGGCUUUACACACCGUGCUUGAUUUCUGGGAGGCUGUCGGCGUUGACAAAAUCCGUCGGUACAAUCAUCAGUUACUAUGCGAUGCAGCUGAACUGUUUAUGAAAGAAUGGAAAACUAGUUUAUUAGCUCCAUUAGAAAUGUGCGGCUCCAUGGCUCUUGUUCAGCUCCCGCCCGACGCCGCUGGAAACAAGACUAAGAAUUACGAUGCGGCUGAAAUGAUCCAAAACCAGCUGUACCAUGAGUUUAACAUUGAGGUACCAAUCAAAGCAGUAGACGGUAAACUGUACGUUCGGAUUUCUGCCCACAUAUACAAUGAGCUACCAGAAUACCAACGACUUGCAGCAGCUAUAAAAAGUAUUCAGACAUGACAUAAAAUAAAGAAAACUAAGAAUACUACAGUAAAAGUAUUCAAAUAUAUUUUAUUACUGUUUUAUUUGAAUGCUAAUAAAACAUACAAAACAUAUACUAAGUGUGGUCAUUAUUAUUUUAUUGUAGAGGCUUCUGAGGAAUUUUGACAUUCACAUUUUAACUAGUUUAAGUUACCGAGUCAAGCAUGAACAUUUAGGUGACGCUCUCAACAUGUGCACACUAGGCGCUCCAUACACAAAAUUUACAUAUCAUGAAUAUUUAUGAUACAGCGACUGGGCAUUUAAGCCGCUUGCAUAAGGCUUUAUUUUAGCGAUAGCAUUGUUUGAAAUACGUGUGUGGCACAAAGCAUUUUUAUGUUGAAAUUCCGUCUUUUUAAGCCAUUGCUUGAGAAGCAGAGUAUAAAAUGGGAGACAGAGUAAUCUUAGGAAAGAAGCUGUGACUUUAAUGUGGAGGUCAACAAAUUGGUUUUGCUUGAUUAUUCACAGACGGUUACAUUUCUCUGAUGUGAAAUUCUAAACCUCUUUUAAAUUUCUCAAGUAGGGCUGAGGAGUUUGGUUCUCGCCCACGUAAAUUGAUAAGAAAGAAUGUGUGAAAUUUGA